ACAGCAGAAAUAGACCUUUUAGAAGAGGAUACGGGUGUAGUUUUUGUAAACACAGAUGAAUCUGGAGAUCAGUGUGUCUUUAAGCCAAAUGAGUUUAAAUUCAAUGAGGAAAGCCUGGCAGUCAAUGCAGAAGAUCUGUUUGGUGCUUCAGUCCACAGUGACCAUGUAGAUGGUGCCAUACAUGUCCCAAAUGCUCUGGAUGAGGAUGGCAUUAUAGUUUCUUAUGUAUGUCCUGAACAAGCCCAAGCAAACUUAGAUCCUGUGUCUCAAGAAACAGAAGCUGCAGUGCAGGAGGCUGUGCAGCAAAUGGGUGAAGAAGACCUACUGAAAGUGUCGGAUGCACGUUUGGAAGAUCAGAUGGACUUUCAAAGGACAGUGUGGCCGGAUAUCAUGGACAAAAAUGAUGCACUAGUGAUCCACAGAGACAAAGACGCACUGUGUUCCAGUGUUUCCCAGAAGAGACACAACUUAUCCACAGAAAGUUCACAGUAUCCAGAGUUUUACACUUGCAACUCAGAAACAGUCACAUUCCGAGACUCAGGAAGCGAUACAGAUGGAUUUCUCAGUCCUGACACUGGAGAGGAAAACAUCUUCAGAAAGGGGCACGAGGCUGUAGGUGGGGGCGACAGCACGAGCGAGGUGUCCGUCUCCUGCUCCUCCACGGACGACACGGCCAGCGUGGGACAUCCCAGCUCCUCGGCCGAAAGCUCUGAGGAGGUGCGGCAAGGAGGAGAGGCAGAAGAGGAGGCCAAAGACAGGCUGACGGAGGUGCCGCUGACUGCCUCUCUCUGCCGGUCCACCGUACGCUCACUCUCUCCAUUACGCAGACACAGCUGGGGUCCUGGGAAGAACCAGGGAGGAGAAGAAGAAAUGAACCAGCGCAGUUCUGUACGAAGUACAGGAGAGAGAAAGCCUGUGUUUUACAGAAGAAGUCUGAGCUGGUGCCCCAGUGAACCCUGUCGAGAGCUGGAAGAAAUUAGAGAGCUCAUCAGUUAUAGUUUGGAGGGUCUAGCAGCAGGGAUUGAGGAUGGCAAACGUUGGAUACCGCAGUCCGGAGGUCCAUCCACACAUCAGCGAGGGGUUCAGAGGCAGGAAAGUGAGGAGAGGGGCUCGCUGAUGUCUCUCACAGAAGAAGGUCCUGAGUCUGAUUUGGGAGAAUGCAGCAUACCAGCUGGUCAGAAAUCAAGGAAGUAUCAUCAGUUCAGACACAGUGGUCCAUCUGUGACUCUCCCCCUCAAAAAAUCAGUCUCUAUGCUUUCCAUAAGCCAACGGGACAUAGAUGGCAUGACGUCAUUCACCAGUGCCACCAGCUCAAUGGGAUACAGCAUCACAGAGGAGGAACCUGGUCCUUUAAGAGGAGAUUUUGAAAAAAAUACCACCAAAGUGAGCCGGACGUUCAGCUACUUGAAGAACAAAAUGUACAAGAAAGCCAGAGAAAAAGAAAAGGAAAAGAAUCGGGAGAAAGUCCGAGAGGCCAAAGAGAGAGAGAAGAAAUCAGUGAAUGGACACGUGUUCAGCACGUCAAACUUGCUGCAUCCAGCUUUGUGCCAGCAAUGCAACAAAACCCUCAACACUAAAGAUACUGUCAGCUGCACAAAUUGCAAUGUGAGAGUUCACAAGAGUUGUAGAGAAAACAUCCCAGUUUGUCCCAAAAGCAGAAUGAAGUUUGCUGUACCAGAGUCCACCAAUAUGCCUGCCGUCACUCUACGAACAAAAUCGUCCACAAUGCGGGAUCGUCCCUGGUCUGCUAUCUUUUCUCCAGAGGAGCAUUCUGUGAUUGUCCAGUCCAGACGAGCCACCAGUAUUAUGCCCUUCCACGGCAGCAACCUCUCGAAAAGCAUGUCCAUCAACAACAUUGCAAUGUUUGACGAUAUGCCUCUAAGAGGCAUGCGGUAUCUGUCUCAAUCCACAGACUCUCUCCACAAACCCCACAAGGUUACAGCGUCCAAUGAGUCUUUAGAUGAAGGAACUGAGAUGGUUGACAGCCGGCUGAUGGGAGAGUUUGAAGCAGAUGUUAAGGAACUGGAGGCCGAUUCCUGGAGCAUUACUGUAGAUAAGAAAUAUCUGAAGCAACUCAAGAAGGACGUCAUUAAGAGACAAGAUGUCAUCUAUGAGCUGGUCCAGACGGAGAUGCAUCACCUGCGGACGUUACGGAUCAUGUCUGAUGUGUACUGUAAGGGCCUGCUGAGAGAUCUCCAGCUGGAGGUCCAGGUGGUGGAGAAGAUGUUCCCCAUGCUGGACGAGCUCCUGGAACUCCAUUCGUUCUUCUUCAGCGCUCUGCUGGAGAAGAAGAAGGAAGCAAAGCUGGAAGGAACGGACGGAUUCAUAAUCAACAGGAUAGGAGAUGUGCUGGUCAACCAGUUCUCAGACUUCAAUGCAGAAGGCAUGAAGAAAAUCUAUGGCAAAUUUUGCAGUCGACACAGUGAAGCAGUGAACUUCUACAAGGAGCUGCAUGCCAGAGACAGACGCUUCCAGGCGUUCAUCAGGAAAAAAAUGAGCAGCAGUGUUGUCCGGCGUAUGGGCAUCCCAGAGUGCAUAUUACUGGUGACUCAGAGGAUAACAAAGUACCCGGUGCUUUUACAGCGAAUCCUGCUGCACACCACAGAGAACGAGAAGGAUUUUGAGGACUUGACGCAGGCGCUACAGCUGGUGAAAGACAUCAUCGCUUCAGUGGACAGUAAAGUGAAUGAGCAUGAGAAGAAGAAAAGGUUGAAAGAAAUUCACGGCCGUACAGACAGCAAGUCCAUCACGCGCAUGAAGAGCGGUCAGAUGUUCGCCCGAGAGGAUCUGCAGCGCAGUCGCAAGCUUCUCCAUGAUGGUCCUCUCCAGCUGAAAAACGCUGCCGGACGACUGAAGGAUGUCCAUGCACUUCUUCUUUCGGAUGUCUUUGUGUUCCUCCAAGAAAAAGACCAGAAAUAUGUAUUUGCAUCUCUGGACCAGCGAGCCACUGUUAUCUCCCUGCAGAAGCUGAUCGUGCGAGAGGUGGCCCACGAGGAGCGAGGCCUCUUCCUCAUCACUGCCGGCAUCGCAAACCCCGAAAUGGUGGAGGUUCACGCCAGUUCCCGAGAGGAACGUAACACCUGGAUGCAGCUGAUUCAGGACGCCAUGCACUCAAUACAAAAGGAUGAUGACGAGGGGAUCCCGAGUGAAACUGAGGAAGACAGGAAGCUACUCGAAACAAAAACAAAAGAAAUGAGAGACAUGCUCCAGAGGAAGGAUGAACAGAUUGUUUCACUCCUGCUGGAGAAGAUGAAGCUUUUCCGUGAAAUGUGCGGUUCGUCCGACGACACAGCUUCGGCGGUUAAAAUGCUCUUCAGGGCCAACAACGAGGACGUGCCCAAGGGAGAACCCAUCAUGAUGGACGCUCUCAGAGAGGUGGAGAUGUUGCAGGCGCUGGUGAACAGCAGUCUGGGAGGGGUAGUGAGACAGCAGCUGGCCUGCGCUCUGGGGAACAUGGGACCUGUGUGUCUGCCACGCAGAGCCGAGACCUUCGGAGGGUUUGACAGCCACCAGAUAAACAUCUGCAAACAUGGCGACAAAGAGGAAGCUGAAGAUCUUCGGAGGACAGAAUCUGACAGUGUUCUGAAGAAGGGAGGAAACUCCAACCUGCUGCUCCUGCAGAAGAGAAACAGCGAGCAGAUCCUGACUGGUGUCACUCACCUUCAUGACCUCCUGACCUCACUUCAGGCCGUGGUGCUGCAGCAGGACACUUUUAUCGAGGACCAGCGUCAGGCCCUAAACGAGCGCACCCCGUCCCGAUCCUCUUCUCGUCCCCCCUCGCUGGUAGAGCAGGAGAAACAGCGCAGCUUGGAGCGUCAGCGACAGGAGGCCGCCGCUCUACAGCACCAGCAGGCCGUCCACGCCGAAGAAAAGCGGCGCAAGGUCAAGGAGUGGGACGUGAAGGAGCAGGAGCUGACGGACCACGAGCUGCUGCUGCAGGUGAGGGAGGAGGAGAUGCGCAGGAGGAACAAAGAGCUGGACGAGGUGCGGCAGGAGCUGCAGGGGAGGAAGGAGGACUAUCAGAGGGAUCUAGAGAGACUGAGGGAUGCUCAGAGGAGGCUGGAGAGAGAGAGGGAGCAGCUGCAGAAGGAGAUGGAGAGAGUGGAGCACCUCCGUGAGGUGGAGGCCCGGCUUCAGCGCACGCCCUCCAGCACAUCAGAGGACUCCCUGAAGCUCCAGAGCAGCAGCUCCAUCGAGCGAGAGAUCUGGGAGGGUGACUUAUCGUCCAGCCCCAGGAAGAACUCCCUGUCCAGGAUAGACUCCAAACAGAAGGGCCGCAGCCUCUUCUCCCUGGGCAGCAAAACUCAGAGCAUAGAAGGCCAAAACCAGAUGCCCACACGACUGCUGCAGCUGGCUUCAUCCAAGGAGAAGAAGGACAAGAAGAAGAAGAAGAGCAAGAGCCAGCCUCCUCAGGAUGCAGCAUCACAUCUGCUGCCCCUGACAGAGCCUUCAAUGGACGGAGAGAUCUUCUUCUGCUGAUUUACCCAUCAUCCCUUCUGUCUUCUAUCAAAUCAUGUAGGAAGUCACCUAAAGUGCCCUCUUCAAGUUUCGGCAAUCUUUCUACAAUAUAAAAAUUCUCACAAAACGUGUCCAGGUCACAUUACACCGCAAAAUCAAAAGAAAUGAGUCCAUUCAGUCCUAUUUUAGGAUUGUUUUUAUUUUCUGUGGCAUUAUUUUAAUUACAGUUUAGCCCCUAAAUUCUCAUUACCAUAAUGUAUAAAUAGUAGUAAAAUAUUAUUUCAAUUGUCAAGUAUUUAUAUACUAAGGUAAAUGUUUUUGUACUGCUUUAAAUAGUGUUUUAUUACAGCUGUAAUAAAGUUUGUUCUAUCACAGUAAUGAGAA